AUGAAUUUUAUUUAUAUCUUUUUGGCAUCUGCCGCGUGCAAAUACGCUUCAAUUUUCUCAACUUUCCAAAGACGUGAACUCUCUUCUAUUGUCCUCUUGCUGCCCAUCUUUGUUUUUCUGGAGUGGUUUCUUGGUAAGGGCCACAUAGACAAUCCUGCGGUCUACAUUAUCGGACUGAGGAGAAAUUGGGCAUACAAGACAAAGAAGGGUCAAAGUUUGGAGGCGACUGAAAGAAAGCCGAACUUCCACAAACAAAACGGUAUGAAGGAGAGUUUGGAGGCUGCGCUCGAUGUUGGAACUGGAUGUCGAACUAUAUAUGAAGCGCAGAAGGAUGUGACAUAAUUUGAUGUGAAUAAAGAGGGUUUGGAAGCCAAAACAUAGUGCAAACUCAAUGACAAGAUCUAACCCCCAUUUUAGACAUAAUUGCAGGCGAGGCUAGGCCGUAUGGUGUAGUGAUGCGUUUGUAACAUUGGUUUGGAAUGAAAAUUGUAUGGAAGGACCGAAAAGGCAGAAAACGGGACAUUGCAAGGCUUCAUUAAACACUACACUAUGUCAAGUGUGGUAAUUGCUUGCCUAACAGAACUUGCCCGAGCCAGGUCUGUUUGGGUUGAUAAAU